AUGGAUUCAAAUAAUGCUAAAUUUCCUGAUGAUCCAACAGUUACAUUGACGAUCAGACUGAUUAUGCAGGGAAAGGAAGUCGGAAGCAUAAUUGGCAAAAAAGGAGAAAUUGUGAAACGUUUUCGAGAAGAGUCUGGUGCAAAAAUAAACAUAUCGGAUGGAUCCUGUCCCGAACGUAUUGUGACUGUUUCUGGUUCAACCAGCGCUAUAUACAAGGCAUUUACAUUAAUCACAAAAAAAUUUGAAGAGUGGUGUUCCCAAUUUAAUGACGUUAGCACAUCAAAUGGCAAAACACAAAUUCCACUCCGCUUAAUUGUUCCAGCAAGUCAGUGUGGAAGUUUAAUUGGAAAAGGAGGAUCAAAAAUUAAAGAGAUUCGUGAAGUGACCGGAUGUUCAAUUCAAGUAGCGAGCGAAAUGUUGCCAAAUUCUACGGAACGUGCUGUUACACUGACUGGUACAUCUGAUGCUAUAACUCAAUGUAUUCAUCAGAUCUGCUGUGUUAUGCUCGAGAGUCCUCCCAAAGGUGCAACCAUACCAUAUCGACCAAAACCGCAAGUAAAUGGACCAGUCAUUUUAGCCAAUGGUCAAGCAUAUACUAUACAAGGAAAUUUCGCUGUACCAACAGAGCAGACAUGCACAGUAUUUCCACUAUUUUCUGGCCUUCACGCGGGUUUAACGGGUCUGACAGAUCCCCUUAUGAAAGGAUCACAUUUACAUGGAGCAGUGCCUCCACAUCAUUUCCAACAGCUGCCUGAUAUGACUGGACUGUCAAAGAAUCCACUCGCAGGACUCGCAGCAUUAGGACUCGCCGGUGCUAUUCCUCAAAAUACUGGUGGAUUAAAUCCAACAGCACUUGCCGCCCUCGCUGGCUCACAAUUACGUACGGCAGCAAGUCGAACACAAACAAAUACACAGCAGCAUGAAAUGACGGUGCCAAAUGAUUUAAUUGGAUGCAUUAUUGGUAAAGGAGGCACCAAAAUUGCUGAAAUACGCCAAAUAUCCGGUGCCAUGAUUCGCAUAUCGAAUUGCGAGGAACGUGAAGGUGGAAAUACCGAUCGAACAAUUACAAUAAGCGGCAAUCCCGAUGCUGUUGCCCUCGCUCAAUAUUUGAUUAACAUGAGAAUUUCGAUGGAAACAGCCGGCCUGCCAAUACCCGCAUAUUCAUACAUUGCACCGAAUCACAUCGUUAAAGCGCCACAUUAAAUAAAUUCAAACUCUUUUGUGGACAUUAUUUUGGAUGGAGUAAUGAACCUUCGUAUUAUUUUAAAAUAUCCUUAAUGUCCUUCUUAACAGCACCAGUAGAAAAAAGAAAAAAAAGUUUUUUCAUCUUUGUUCAAUGUUCUUCAAUCUCUCUU